UACCACUUACCUUUUUAAAAGUCAGAGUGGCAGGUAGUAAGUGGGGGAGAAGAAUGUUUCUGUCUCUUCCUACGUUGACUGUUCUUAUACCGUUGGUCUCUCUAGCGGGACUGUUCUACUCAGCCUCCGUGGAAGAAAACUUCCCACAGGGCUGCACUAGCACAGCCAGCCUGUGCUUUUACAGUCUGCUCCUGCCCAUUACCAUACCUGUUUAUGUGUUCUUCCACCUUUGGACUUGGAUGGGUAUUAAACUCUUCAGGCAUAAUUAAUAUAGCCAGAGCCAAGAUGAUACAUAUAUUAAUGAUACAUCAUGAGUGUCUAUCUCGGAAAGCUCAGCUACAUGGAAAUACUGGAAACCCACUUAAAUUGCAGGAAAGGUGCUUUGCCUUGCUUCUCUCAGAGGUUUAGGACCAUGGGAGGCUUAAGCUGUAGGAGUUUCUUUUAUAUUUUUGUUCUGCCCUUGUUUUUUGAAAAUUCUAAUGUAUAACUACUGUAUCAGAAGAAACACUUCAACACAGUUUUUUGGAAAUUAACAGUCUUAACCAUCACCUGAUGACUUUCUUACCCCAUUCAUCUAAAAAUAAUUAAAAUUUUAUGUUUAUUUUAGAUUCAAAGUAUUUGGCAGAGUCACAUGUUAAGGAUGACUGAAAUAAUUCCAACAGUUGUGUUGGAGCAAUUGUAGAGAAAUGUAUUUGAGCUAGUGUGCUAGAAAACUACAAUAAAAUGGAAAUUUCGUGUACUUGCGAACAUUCUGAGUUUGUAAAAUUACCUUCGUUUCUUUGGCAUCAAAUCCUUAAAUUAGUAAUAAUAAAAUGAGAUGACACUAUACCAUU